AUGGAUUUGGGGGAUGUAGCCGGAGACCCCCCGCUUUUGACAGUGCCUUGUGAGAUGCGCAGUGGCAGCUCCUCAAGGGGGCUCAGAGUCCCCUCCCAUUUGUCGGGGGACACUUUGGCACCGCUCAGCGGCGCCGCCGCCGUCCCGCAUCGCCACCGGCCGUCCCUGCGCAUGGAUAUUCCCGGCCUGGGACCUUUCCUGCGAUCCUUGUGCCAUCUAGCAUCCAGCAAAGGCAAAGAGACGGGGGCAAAAUGGUGGUUCGGGGUUUUGCCGCUUGGCCAGGAGGGAGCCAGCACGGGGACGUGCGGGGGUGCAGAUGUCGCGUGGCCACCGCUCGCCCGUGUCCCCCCGCCGCGUCCCCAGCCAGGCACCCGCACCACACGGGUGCCCCGGGUCCAUGCGUGCUCCCCGUGGAUGUUCCGGGGGUGCCCGUGCUCCCCGCGGGCGCUGCAUGGUCGCCGGUUCUCUGCAUGUGUUCCGUGUCCCCGGGUGCAGGAGCCUGAGCGAGAGCCUGUGCGGGAUGUGGGCGCUGAGGUGCCCCCAAAAGCCAAGGAGCUGGAGCUGAUGGAAAACAUCUUGCCGAGCAAGCAGGAGGAGAGCUGGGAGCAGCGGGGCCCCCGCGCCUCCUUCAGCCGCCAGGAGCGGAGCCGCCUGCUCUGGGAGGACGUCAGCGUCGUGGAGGAGGAUGCCACCAAAGUCACCGCCCUCAAGCUGAGGCUGGAUGAGUCCCAAAAAGUGCUGCUCAAGGAGCGGGAGGACAAACUGGCACUCAGCAAGAACAUUGAGAAGCUGGAGGGAGAGCUCAGCCAGUGGAAGAUCAAGUACGAGGAGCUCAACAAGAACAAGCAGGAGGUGAUGAAGCAGCUCAACAUCCUGAAGGAGAUUCAUCAGGACGAGCUGGGGCGCAUCUCCGAGGACCUGGAGGAUGAGCUGGGUGCUCGCUCCAGCAUGGACAAGAAACUGGCUGAGCUGCGUGCAGAGAUGGAGCGGCUGCAGGCAGAGAACGCGGCUGAGUGGGGCCGGAGGGAGCGCCUGGAGACGGAGAAACUCAACCUGGAGAGGGAGAACAAGAAGCUGCGGGCACAGAUCGAGGACCUGGAGGAGGUGCUGGCUCGCAAGCGGCGCCAGACGGCCAGUGCCCUGGACACUGACCUCAAAACCAUCCAGGCUGAGCUCUUCGAGAAGAACAAGGAGCUGGCUGACCUGAAGCACAUCCACACCAAGCUGAAGAAGCAGUACCAGGAGAAGAUGGCCGAGCUGGCCCAUGCCAAUCGCCGCGUGGAGCAGCACGAGGGAGAGGUGAAGAAGCUGCGCCUCAGGGUGGAGGAGCUGAAGAAGGAGCUGGCCCAAGCCGAGGAUGAGCUGGAUGAGGCCCACAACCAGACGCGGAAGCUGCAGCGGUCGCUGGACGAGCAGACGGAGCAGAGCGAGAGCUUCCAGGUGCAGCUGGAGCACCUGCAGUCACGGCUGCGGCGGCAGCAGAGCGCUCCGCUCUUCGGCAAGAUGCGCAGCGCCCGCUUCGGCCCCGACGACGGCGGGGACGGCACCAGCGACCCCGACGAGGACGAGGACCUGCAGAUACAGGUGCCCUAGAGCCCAGGGCCAGUGCCACCACCGCAGGACGUCCCACAUCAGUCCUCUGCGUUCAGUGCAUGUCGCCACGGGGCUCAGCUGUGCGGUGACCCUUGUAUAGAUGGGGAAACUGAGGCACAGAGCAGUGGGGAGAAGUUUGCCCAGGGGUGCUCCAAAACCCACUGCCUCUUGGACAGUACUGGAUGCCCCUUUGGCCACUGGCAGCUCCUGAAAUGCUGAUGUGGCCACCAAAGCCAGCGUCCCUGAGCAGCCCAGGAGGAGGAGGCGCAGGCAGAGAGAGGCACCGAGCCUGCCAGUCACGA